AUGGAGAUGGCAGAGGCAGAACUGCACAAGGAAAGGCUGCAAGCCAUCGCCGAGAAAAGAAAGAGGCAGACUGAAAUAGAAGGCAAGCGACAGGAGCUCGACGAGCAGAUACUUCUGCUGCAGCACUGCAAGUCCAAAUUGCUUCGGGAAAAAUGGCUGCUGCAGGGCAUGCCGGCUGGAACUGCGGAAGAGGAGGAAGCCAGGAGGCUGCAGUCUGAGGAGGAUGAAUUCAGAGUCAAACAACUUGAAGAUAACAUUCAGAGGCUGGAGCAGGAAAUCCAAGCGCUAGAAAGCGAAGAAUCCCAGAUAUCCGCCAAAGAGCAGAUCAUCCUAGAGAAACUAAAGGAGACAGAAAAAUCCUUCAAGGACUUUCAAAAGAGCUUCUCCGGUGCGGAUGGAGAUGCAGUAAAUUGCAUUUCCUCCCAGCUCCCCAACCUGCCAACCCUCUAUUCACGAACAGCAGAACCGUCACCUGGGCAGGACGGGACCAGCAGAGCAGCUGGAGCCGGGUGGGAGAACGUGCUGCUGAAGGGCGACGAGGCAGCCUCCGAAGCCACAGAAGCAUCCAGCGCAGACAUGACAAUCAAGAAGCCUCCCCAGCUCUCCGAGGAUGAUAUCCGGCUGAGCCACGAGAGGGACCACUGUAGUGCCAACCCCCUGGACGCUGUGAUCAGCCCUCUCCCCUCCAAUCACAAAAACAUGGAAAUUGAGGUCUCCGUGGCAGAAUGUAAAAGCGUUCCCGGAAUCACCUCCGCGCCACAUUCCAUGGACCCCCCCUCCCCUUUCUACGCGCCCCCCCACAAUGGCCUCCUCGCGGAUCACCACGAGUCUCUGGAUAACGACGUGGCCAGUGAGAUCCGCUAUCUAGACGAGGUGCUGGAGGCCAACUGCUGCGACUCCUCUGCGGACGGACCUUACAACGGCACGUCCUCCCCGGAGCCCGGCGCCGCCGUCCUGGUGGGCAGCCCGAGCCCACCUGCCCACACGGCCAUCCAGCCGGAACCCACGGAGAGAGCUGCCCGCAGGCAGGUGCCUCCUCACAUCGAGCUCAGCAAGAGCAACUCGGACACCAUGGCGGAGGGCGAGAGAGCCAACGGCCUCUCCCCGGACCAGCCCAGAGAGCUGCUGGGGGACAGCCUGCAGGCGCCCGCGAGCCCCAGCUCCUCCACCAGCUCGUGGUGCUCCUCCCGGGAUGGCGAGUUCACGCUCACCACGCUGAAGAAGGAGGCCAAGUUCGAGCUGCGCGCCUUCCACGAGGACAAGAAGCCCUCCAAGCUCUUCGAGGACGACGAGAAGGAACAGUACUGCGUCCGGAAAGUGAGGCCCACGGAGGAGAUCCUGGAGCUGGAGAAGGAGAGGCGGGAGCUCAUCCGGAGCCAGGCCAUGAAGAAGAACCCGGGCAUCGCGGCCAAGUGGUGGAACCCGCCCCAGGAGAAGUCCAUCGAGGAGCAGCUGGACGAGGAGCAUCUGGAGUCGCACAAGAAGUACAAGGAGCGCAAGGAGCGCCGGGCGCAGCAGGAGCAGCUGCUGAUGCAGCAGCAGCCCCCGCUGCCGCCGCUCUGCGGGGCCCCCGCCUCCCCCCGGGAGCCUUCCGGCACGGCCACCAAGACCAAGGAGGACAUUGUCACCGAGCAGAUCGACUUCUCUGCUGCCCGCAAGCAAUUCCAGCUCAUGGAGAAUUCCAGGCAGCCCUUGGCCAAGGGCCAGAGCAACCCCAGGCUCUUCUCCAUCAAGCCAUUCUACAGGCCCCUGGGUUCCGUCAACUCAGACAAGCCACCGACCAUCUCGAGGCCAGCUUCCCUCGGGGGUCCCGCAGAAGACGGGGGCACCUCGGCGGCCAAGGGGCAGAAGGCCCCCGGUGCCCAGGAGAGUCAGCCUCCGGGCGGAGGCCACGGCGGCGCCACGCCUCCGGGGAAGGAAGGGCCCUACAGCGAGCCCUCCAAGCAUGGCCCCCUGUCCAAACUGUGGGCCGAGGACGGAGAAUUCACCAGCGCCAGGGCCGUCCUCACCGUGGUCAAGGAUGAUGACCCUGGGAUUUUGGAUCAGUUCUCGAGGUCUGUUAACGUCUCUCUGACCCAGGAGGAGCUCGACUCUGGCUUGGAGGAGCUGUCCGUGAGGUCCCAGGACACCACUGUCCUGGAGACCCUGUCCAAUGACUUCAGCAUGGACAACAUCAGCGACAGCGGGGCCUCCAACGAGACGGCCAACGCCCUCCAGGAGAACUCGCUGGCUGAUUUCUCUCUGCCCCAGACCCCCCAAACGGACAACCCCUCUGAAGGCCGAGGAGAAGGUGUGUCCAAGUCAUUCAGCGAUCAUGGUUUCUACUCCCCUUCCUCCACGCUGGGAGACUCUCCGUCGGCCGAGGACCCCUUGGAAUAUCAGGCCGGUCUCCUGGUCCAAAAUGCCAUCCAACAAGCCAUAGCCGAGCAGGUGGAUCGCGCUGGGUCCGGGCCCAGAAAGGGUGGCGCAGAGCAACAGGCAAGGCCCAAAGCGACUCGAGAGGAAGCCGGGACGGGGGCUCCUCGCUCAGAGAAGCCUCAGAGCACGUUUGAACCCCCUCAGGUGUCCUCCCCUGUUCAAGAGAAAAGGGAUGUAUUACCAAAGAUCAUGCCUGCCCAAGACAGGGCGCUCAGGGAACGGGGACCCUCCUCCCCACCGCCCGCCGUGCAGGCCAGCGGCCCCAUCAACAUGGAGGAGACCAGACCAGAAGGGAGCUAUUUCAGCAAGUACUCGGAGGCCGCGGAGCUGAGGAGCACAGCCUCGCUCCUGGCCACUCAGGAGUCUGACGUGAUGGUCGGGCCCUUCAAGCUGAGGUCGAGGAAGCAGCGGACUUUGUCCAUGAUCGAGGAAGAGAUCCGAGCAGCCCAGGAGAGGGAAGAGGAGCUGAAGAGGCAGCGACAGGUCUUGCAGAGUACCCCGAGUUCCAGGGCAAAGAACGCCCUGUCGCUGCCCUCCCGAACCUCAUGCUACAAGACCGCUCCAGGGAAAAUAGAGAAAGUCAGACCUCCUCCAUCCCCCACACCUGAAGGCCCCAGCUCGCAGCCUGACUUAGCCCCCGAAGAGGCUGCCGGAUCACAACGGCCCAAGAAUCUGAUGCAGACCCUCCUGGAAGACUAUGAGACUCACAAAUCUAAAAGGCGCGAGAGAAUGGAUGAUAGUAGUGUCCUUGAGGCCACGCGGGUUAACCGAAGGAAGAGCGCCCUGGCCUUGCGCUGGGAGGCGGGCAUCUAUGCCAACCAGGAGGAGGAGGACAAUGAAUAA